AUCCUGGAUGGACACUUUUGUAUGUAUCGAUCUCAUAGCUUUAACAAAGGAAAGGGAAAUAGAUUAAAAGCAGGCAACAUGGCAGGCUGGCACGGAGCUGAACACCAUCACAUGCAUUAAAUGUCUCACCUGUCUCCCAAACUGUAUUUAUUUUAACCCACCGGCCACCCCUCCUCCUGUCAUUAAAUUGUGACAUUCCGACGACGUACAAUUCCAUCACAUGGCUCCUCCUCCACCUCCUCCUACGCUUAGUCUUUUAAUUCUGAUACUAGUACUGCCAUCUACUCCAACUGGCACUGCUGCAGAUGUAUAUGUGGACGCCGACUGCUUAAAAGUUCCCGGAUCUGAGUUUGUGGAUUCCGUCAAGUCUACCAUUCAAACAGUCCGAGACGUGAUCUCUGUCGUCUCCAAAUUCAGUGGUUCUUUUGGGGGGGAUUUCAGACUUUCCAAUGCCAUCGCCGAUUGCCUUGAUCUCCUCGAUCUUUCUGCUGAUGAACUCACCUGGACUCUUUCUGUUUCCCAGAACCCCACCACUGGCAAAGGGCACUAUAACAGCACCGGUAACAUGGGUGCCGAUCUGAGGACAUGGCUUGGCGGGGCACUGGGUAAUCAAGACACUUGCAUGGAUGGAUUUGAGGGUACAAACAGUUUUGUAAAGACGGUGGUAGGCGGUAGCCUUGGCCAGGUGACCUCCUUAGUGCGUCAAGUAAUCGGCAUGGUACGCCAGCUUCCUGCUCAGGAUGCCAGAAGGAGGCUGCGUAGCGUUGCUUUUCCUCGAUGGCUAAAUGCAAAAGAUCGGAAACUCCUCCAAGCCAAAGCCAACAUAGCAGCUGAUGCAGUAGUGGCCGCAGACGGUACCGGAGACUUCACUAGGGUGAUGGAUGCCGUCUCUGCAGUCCCAGAUUACAACAGCCGCCGCUAUGUGAUCUAUGUCAAGAAGGGCGUGUACCAGGAGUAUGUGGAGAUUAGUAAAAAGAAAACCAACAUCAUGAUGAUUGGCGAUGGCAUGGACCUCACCGUAAUUUCUGGAAACCACAGCUUCAUUGAUGGUUGGACCACCUAUCGUUCUGCUACAUUCGCUGUAAAGGGAAAAGGGUUCAUAGCUCGUGAUAUGAGAUUUGAGAACACGGCAGGGCCUGAAAAGCACCAAGCAGUUGCAUUUCGAUCUGAUUCGGACCUUUCGGUUGUGUUUCGGUGUGCGAUCACAGGCUACCAAGACACUCUGUAUGCCCACUCGUUGCGCCAGUUCUACAGAGACUGUUUAAUAACAGGAACGGUAGACUUCAUAUUUGGAGAUGGGGUUGUGGUGUUCCAGAACUGUCAGAUCCUAGCCAGGAAGGGCCUCCCCAACCAAAAGAAUACCAUUACAGCACAGGGCCGUAAGGAACCAACUCAGCCUUCAGGCUUUUCAAUCCAGUUCUCCAACAUAUCCAUAGAGCCUGCUGCCUUGCUGCCCAACUCCAGUGUACCACCCCCCACAUACCUUGGACGCCCAUGGAAGCUGUAUUCUCGAACCAUCAUCAUGCAGUCCUACAUAAGUGGCUUCAUCCGGCCAGAAGGCUGGCUUGAAUGGAACGGUGACUUCGCCCUCGAUACUCUUUAUUAUGGAGAGUACAUGAACUAUGGUCCAGGUGCUGGCUUUGGAGGUCGAGUAAGGUGGCCUGGUCUUCAUGCCCUCAAUGACUCUACUCAGGCCAACAACUUCACCGUGGGCCAGUUCCUGUUAGGGAACUCCUGGUUGCCAUCCACUGGAGUCAAGUAUACAGCAGGAUUGAUGGUUUAAAAUUCUUUAGAUACGUAUUAUAUUCAUGUACCAACUUGUUAUUUCAUAUCAUGUUUGAUACUAUAUAUGUUUCUUGUAGUAAGGAAAUUGAUUAAAGAUAUCCAACAAGUAAUUAGUAAUGA